ACUUAUAUAUUUAUUAUGUUUAGUUAUUGCAAGUAGUUCGUAAUAGCUGUAUAAACACGUUAAGGACGCGCUGUUACCGUAGCUGCCUGAAAGAGGCUAGUUGUAAGGCAGCACUGCCACAACUUCUUUUGCUAUAUUUAAAAACAUUCGCCUCAUUUGGCGUACGUUUCCAAAAUUAAGCUAUACCAGUUAACAUGUUGCUCCCUCUUUCGAUAGUGGGACGUUAAAACUCACCGCACAACUUCCCCGGAUGAAAGAUUCCCGAAGGCCCGACCAAUCACACGGUUCGGGUUGCUAGCGUUAGCUGCGUGCGCUAUCGGCGUGUUACUGAUUUUCUCUCAACUCUCGGGACUUUUUCUACCUAAAAUGUUUGGCUCGUCAAGAUCUGGGGGCCUACGCGGAGGUCAGGACCAGUUCAACUGGGACGACGUGAAAGUCGAUAAACACAGAGAGAAUUAUCUGGGAAACUCCUUGAUGGCACCGGUUGGAAGAUGGCAAAAAGGUAAAGAUCUAACGUGGUAUGUGAAAAACAAAAAAACUGGCAAACCGUUAUCCAAAGAGGACGAACUUGCUGCUGUGAAAGCAGCAGAAGAGGAGGCGCUGAUGGCUGCGCUAGGUCACAAAGUUAUAAAGAGACAACCAACUGGUCUUACCAAAGAGGAUCUUGUAGAGGUUUGUAGAAGGGAAGAGGUUGAUGGUGAAGAAAGGAGUGUGGAUCGUAUAUCAGGCUUGGGAAGCUCCAGUGUGGGGUCACGGAAGAUGUUGCUGUCCCAAAAAGAGAAAGAAGCAGCUAAAAUGGGUCUGCCGAUUUUUACACACCACAAGACGGAAGGUCGUCAAGAAACAUCUGCAACAAAAACAUCUGAGAGCGUUGAAAAAUCAGAAGAGGCAGAAAAAGGUUUGCAUGAGAGCAAAAAGAAAAAGAAAGAAAAAAAGAACAAAAAGGAAAAGAAGAAGAAGGAGAAAAAGAAGAAAAGGAAAAGACGAGAUUCGUCAACCUCUGAGUCCUCAUCAUCGGAUGAUAACAGGAAAAGACACAGAAAGGACCACCAUCAUCAUAAUCCAUCAUACCAUAGUCAGAGUGGAGCCAGACCCCAUGACAGCCAUUCAAGGGAGGGAGCAAAGGCCGAGCGACAGCCUUCCCGCCCCCGUCAUCGACGGCAGAGGCACGACACAGACUCUUCUGACGGGGGGUCUCCAGCCCGCAGUAACUCUGCCUUCCACAAGAAGGCCCCCGCUGGUGCCACACAAAGCCACAGGAGACGCCACGACACAGACUCGGACGACUAAUGUCCUGCGCUCCCCCACCAAAACCAGAGAUGCAUAGUGCACACACAGCGUUCUGGGACCUCCUGGAUCAUGGACAGGCAGGAAAACUGUGAUGCUUCUUACGUUAUGCUUUAUAUCACACUAUCAGUUCCUCAUGUGGGAAAGAUGAGUUUGGUGUGUCUAUUGAAUUUUGGUGAUGAGCUCUUCUUGUUUCCAAAUCAGUUUGUCAUUAAAUUCACAACUGUAUUUGU